AUGUCCCCUAAGGGUCUAAGUGUAGCCAACCCGCUGCCUGCAGGUAUUGUGGGCUGUCGCACUCUAACUCGAGCUGUAUUGACUCUUUCUGAGCACUCCCAUAGAGCACAUUGGACAGAGUGGAUCACGAUGAGGACUUUUUCCCUGCUUCUGCUGGUUGCAUUAGCAGCCCUGGCAGAGUCUGGCCAUGGGAAGCACACGAAGCGUGCUAAGCGGGAGCUUUUGCUGCGUUCCAAAAGAAGGUGGGUUUUGUCUACGAUCGAUCUAAGAGAGGAAGAUCCUGUCAUGGGGGAAAAAACACUUGUGUCAAAGAUGUAUAAUGACAAGAAAACACACGACGAGCAUGACUCACAGUUCCAUCUCAGUGGAAAGGGUGUGGAUGAUGGCUUUUUUAAAAUCGAUCCAAAAGACGGCAGGGUGUUUCUCUUAAAAAAAAUUGACAGAGAGGAAACCCCCCAUUUCGAGAUGAAGUUUGAAAUCUUAACGGACGGCGUUGCAAUAGACGAUCCCCUAACUAUAGUUGUAGAUAUAGAGGACAUCAAUGACAAUGCACCUAUUUUUAAGAAUCUUCCCCUGAUUUUCAAUGUAAAGGAGAACACAAAGGGGAUCUUGCCAGUGGAGCUGGACGUUUGUGACAAGGAUCAGGAGGACACGCCUAACUCUAAAGUCACCAUCCGUAUGCUUAAACAGGAACCGGCAGAGCCCAAGAUUGAGUUGAAACAGCUCAAUAACACAAGGGCCCAGCUCACAUUUAAAGGAUGUUUUGACUACGAUAAAAUCAAGACAUAUAAAGUUACGGUUGAAGCAAAAGAUCAUGGGAAAGGAUUUUUAUCCUCCACUGCUGUUGUUACUCUCAAUGUUGUUGACACAAACACCCAUCCACCAAAGUUCAAGAACAAAAAGUUCUAUGGUGAGGUGUUUGAAUCACAGCUCAAAAAGAACGUCUUGAGAGUCGAAGUAGAAGACAAAGACACUAUGAACACUCCUGGAUGGCGGGCCAAAUAUUUCUUUGUUGACAAAAAAGAGGAAGAAUUUUUCCAAAUUGAAACUGACCCCAAAACAAAUGAAGGUAUUCUGCACUUCAUUAAGGAAAAGCAUUAUGAGAGGACAAUUAAUAUAACCUUGGAGAUCGGAGUAGAGAACGAAGAACCCCUUUUCGUUUGUGCAGACAAAUCAACCGGCACCGUCACACUUCCACCUAUAGAUAAAAUCUACGUCACAAUAAAAAUGUUUGAAGUCAAUGACGCACCGCAGUUUGAGCAAGAGAAAAUUGAAGUGUACCUAAAGGAAGAGGAGGAGCCGCAGGAGUUUUCUUUCAAACCAACGGUUACUGAUCCGGACUCUGACAUAGAAAACAUCAGGUUUGUGCUAACAGAAGAUCCAGCGGGUUGGCUGACCGUUGACCCGAUUACAGGAAAAGUCAGAUCGGUGAAGAAAAUGGACAGAGAAUCACCCUUUGUUGAGAAGGGCAUUUACAAAGCAGUCAUCUGCGCAAUUGAUGACGGUGAACCUCCAGCCAACAGUACAUGCUCGCUGCUGUUCCGCCUGGGGGAUGUCAAUGACAACAAGCCAAAGCUGGCAAGCAAAAGUGUCAUUAUGUGUGGAAACAAGGGCAACAAGGCCAUGGUGCCUGUCAUAGACCCAGAUGAUCCUCCAUACAGUGGGCCCUUUGCCUUUUCUCUGGGAGGUGAUGACACAAAUCUGGAGCAACAAUGGAAACUAGACCCUGAUGUCGGUAUGGAAGGCGGCCUUGUUAGCCUGACGCCACUUGCUUAUGGCAACUACUCUGUGCCACUGAAGAUUGAGGACCAACAGGGAAUGGGCGCACAAGAUACAGUCAAUGUGAUAGUGUGCGACUGUGGAGAAGCAGACGUUUGCCCAGCCAGAGGGCCGCUAUCAACCAGCCUCGGGGCCGCUGGUGUUGGAUUGAUUAUUUUGGGAUUGCUCAUAUUUUUAUUGCUGCUACUCGUCUUUAUAUGUCAGUAUGGACAAGGGGCGAUGAAACACAUCACCCUCCCGUACGAUGAGGGCAACCAGACCCUUAUGAAGUACAACGAAGAAGGAGGCGGCGCUGCAAGCACAGCUAUGCCCACUAUGCCCUGGCUAUCUUCAAAUGGUGUAACUGUGACAGACAGCCUGAAACAGGCCAGUGGGCAGAUAAACAGAGAGGAUCAGGUCAUGAUCAAGAAUGUGGGUAAAUACAACACUGCAGGGUCCAUCAUGAGUCAUUCUAACAUGAGCGCAAUGGAAAUGCAUCAGUGGGAAAAUCGCAGAUUUCUUGGAGGUCAGAGCAUGAACUUAUCAAGGAAAACAAGCAGGAGCAACAGCUACCGGGUACCCAUGAAGGGAGGCUCCAGCAGGUACAUGCAGUCUUUCAGCAUGCGGUCAAAUAUAUUCCUUCCUGAUCUCAUCGAAAGGAAAGUCUACCUGGUUGAUGGAGACAUUAUCGACCACCCGAUGCAUCAGCCCUUUGAAUAUGACUACGAGGGUCAGAACAGCGAAUGCCAGUCACUGGAUAAGCUGUCCCUCAGCAACCUGGGAGAUGAUACAGAGUUUCUGAAUGAUUUAGGGCCAAAGUUCAUGACCUUGGGCAACAUCUGUCACCAAACAACAUGUGCCCCAGACAACAACACACAGAUUUGAGGGUCAAAGCUGGAAUAUGAGAUUUACGAGUAAGGCACUCUUCUUUACCCUGCACGCUAGCAUGGCGUGUGUUUGUGUUCCACACACACAGACCGCCAACAACGCAGGGGCGGACUUUCACCAAACUUCAAAGAAAUACUUCUUGGGAGAGUAUCUCCAGGUGAAUCGUUGUUGGAGCAGAUCAGUCAAAGGUCAAGGUCAAGUUCGACAAAAUUAUGGCGCAUAAGGACACAUUUCCUAACAUAACUCUCUGAAUAAUAGUACAAAAUAUUAUUUUGAUCAGAAUAUGAUUCCCCAUCCUGUGAUGUCAUUUGAUAGGUUUCAUGAAGAAGUCAGAAAAUGACAUCAUGAGUAGUUCAUUCUAGCUGUUGUUCAUUUUUUCGAGCUUUCCCUUCAUCCUGUAGGACUAUAGACAUGACAGGAGGCUUGUAUCGAUAGAAAAUGAAUUCAUAAUCAUAUGGUAGGAAUGACGUCAUUAUGACGACACUAUGAAGUCAGAAAAUAACGUGAUAUAGUGUAGUAACACAUUCAUUUUUGCAAAACAAUAACAUAAGAAACAGGAAUCACACAAAUGUACAUACGGUGCAUGUUCAUGGUAAGCAUCGCCCCUUUCAGUGUUUUCCGUGCCUUGUUUGUGACAAUGAUUAAGAUCUGGAUGGAUAUUAAUAUAUUAAAUACCGCAAAGUUUAGAUUUUGUACUUUUACAUUAUGCACUUGAACAGCUUACCUGCAGUUUGGGCACCUCCAAGCAAAUUACACAUUUGAUGAUUUAUGAAAUGAAAGGAAAUAAAUACACGAUAAGAAAAUACACGUUAGAAUAAGCAUCUCCUUUAACAGUAAUGCACUGUUUCUGCAGUCCUAAAAUACGUCUUCCUCGUACUGUACCACCUUGGUUUUGUGCCCAAACUUUUGCAAAUGCCACACUUAGUUUCACUUCUAAUUAUGUUAAAGCUGUUUUAAUGUCUGUGUGGUUUAAAUGUGGCAUUUGCACCGGGGUCCUUUAAACUGCACUCAACUGUAUUUUUACAGAUCCAAAUAUUUUAUCGUGAAAUGAUAUGAAACAAGGAUUUUGUGUCAUAGGCUUUACUUUGCUUCGUUGAAGAUUGAUUGAAUGCAGUGAAAUAAUUGUCAUGCUCUGGUGAUCUUGAAUCUGUAUAUUUGGAAAGUUACUGGGUGUGUUGGCUUUUUUGUUUUUUUGGUACUUUGCUGCAAUGAGUGUGUUGAAACGCCUCAGUGCAAACCUGUGUUUCUAUCUCUGGUGGUUUUGUCAGUAUUGUUAUUUUAAUUUUUUACUACAAUAAUAAAACCCUAAUAGAAGGUUAACUGUGGAUACUGGGAAUAGUUAUGGUGCAAGCAAUGUUUUAUUUCUGGAAGUGAUUUAUUUCCUAGAGCACCAUUUUAUAAGAGUUUCUUGUUUGUGACGCACCAGCAGAGAUUUGACUGGUUCCAAGCUCCUGACUACACGGCCAAAAGGGCAAACUGUGCAGGGACCAUUCAUCGUCCCAUUGUGUUUUCAAAAUAUCUACAUGAGGCAGAAAUUUGUAAAAUCAAACAAAAAGCUCCUUUUCCUCUACUUACCAUUAAUCGUUUGCCGUGUGCAUUGUAGCUGUGAAUGUAAAUGCAUGCUCUUUUUGUUCUUGUCAAUGAGUAUUUCAUAGUUUUUCAAACCUGUACCUACAAAGUCUUGCAUUACGGAACUUAUCAGCACCUGAAGCCAAGUUACUCCUCUCGUCCACGUGAGACGUAAUCUGACGGUUGAGUGUUUGUCACGUUGAGAGUGAGGGAUUUCCUUGUUUAUGCUGUGUACAACAUGUGUGUUUGUGUGGGUGUGUCAGGGUGUGGGUGUGUGGAUGUGUACGGUAGCUGUGGACCAUCAACAUUAAAAGACAACUAUUUUGCAGUGUUAUUAAUGUUGUGCAUCUCUUGGCCCACUCCUACAUCUUGCUAUGGACUGAAUAAAAAUAAGGCAGGAGUUAAACCAGUUGAA